AUCAAACACAAACAUGCCACCCAUCAAUCCCAAAAAGAAAACCAUGAACGAACAAUCUCUCAAGACUCAACCAGUUUCAUCAAAACCCAAGACACAUAUCCAUUUUCAUAGCGAUGAAGAAGACGACAUGGUGAUGAGCAAUUUACUUGAAAGUGAAGACCUAGAAACCAAAGGAUCAGAAGAAGCCACAAACUCAGAUCGAACUUCAAACCAAGACUCAAAUGAAAGUGAAGAAGAUGAUGAAGGUCCAGAAGUGAUUAGUACAGCAGUUAGUAAACGUGAUGUGAUAGCCAAAGAGAAUGUUAGAAAAGAAUUUCAAAAAUCAAUUCAAAUCGCUAAGAAGAAAGCCAACAAAGCCCGUGAUGAAAAACUAAAACAAUUAAAAUCACAAUCUAAAUCGAAAUCCAAACCAAACCCAAUCGAACCCGAACCAUCUUCAUCAUCUUCCUCAGCAUCAUCAUCAGAUGAAGAUAGUGAACCAGAACCUACCUCAUCAUCAUCAACAAGAACUACUCGAACACUUCAAUCGAAUAAGAAAUACCUAGACCCUUCUCUCUUUGUAACCGCAUCCAACAUUCUUGAAGAAUCUAAAAGAUCAGCUGAAGAAAGAGAACAGAACAACCUAACAUCUAUUAUGAAAAAACGAAAAAGAAGGAACAUAUCAGACCAAGAAGAUCGAAGAGAAAUCGGGAACAAUACAACAGUCGUAAGGUUAACCAAAUCAACUCAUCUAACCCCUACAGCUCGACCAGCACGAGUUUCAAAGUUUGUGAAGAAUAGACUUUCAUACAUCAAGAAUCGUGGAUCACCACAUCAAGUUCCUAAAUUAACUUUAACAGCUAAAUCUCAAAUGGGUACUCGUCAUCGGUCUAGAUUUGAUCUAGGUACACGAACUUCAAAUCGUCCAGCUAUCUUGUUUGUUCGUGAACCUAAAUAACCUCAAAACCAAUCUUUUGUAAUAUUUUCUUAAUGGUUUUUUCUGGAAAGUUUGAGGAUUCGAUUUCAGAAUGUUUGAUCAUUUUGAGAUCUUCAACUUUUAGAGGAAGUGGAACACACCUUUAAUAGCAUCGUACUUUUAUGAUGGUCAGCCACAUAACUUUUGCCCCCAUGGACUUUAGAUCAACACUUUUCUUGCCCCGUGAUAAUAAAGCUAUAAAUUUGUAUAUAAAAGUCAUUUAGAUGGUCAAGUUGAAAGACUUAUAUAUAGAUCC